CUUUAGCUGCGACGCAAAGCAUGCUUGUUACCACUUUUUUGUAAUUUAUUGCCAUUGUUGUAAUUAAUAUUCAUCAAUACAGAAUAAUUUUAAUUUGUGGUUGUAGUCGCAGAAGCGCAUUUGAACUCGAUCAUAUUCAUUGGAGCAGUAAUAUCCCUCCAUUAACGAGUCAAUUCAUCGGAAACGCCCAUAACUGUACUUCUAGUUGUGACGCAGUCAACGACGUCCGUGCCGCAAUGUUCGGCGGCAGUAGUGGCUACCAAAAGGUAGCCGGAACGGGACCUGGCGGAGAGGUUUUACCUGGUGGGGUGGGUCCACCUGCACCACCAAUACUCGUGGUCCCGUCACGAUUAUGAUUCCAUAAACCUCCUGGUUUUAACCACUGAAUUAGAAGAAUUCCAAUUACUUACCCCGCAUGCGCAUGUGUUUGUGUACCAAGUGCUGUACGCGGCAACAGUGAUGUAUGUGUAUGUGUAACUGCUGUACGCGGCAACAGCUACAAUUGCUCCCUGGCUUGUUUCAUUCUUGCCAAAAGAGAAAGUGGAAGCGCUACUGCAUCUGCUAGUACUGGUUGCGGCGGCGGUUACCGUGAUUCUUCCGAUUUUCUGCAUCGUAAAUUAUCCGGCAGGGUUUCUACUCUUAAGGCUCCCUCCUAAUCCAUCUUCAGAACCACGCCGCUGCAUCUUCAUCUUCAAGAGGAAAACACUACUAGGCCUCACUAGCUCCUACAGAAGGGUUUGUCUUUAUCUUUUAGCCACUUUUCCUGAGUAUUACUGACUCUCCAGUAUUGGACUCUGGUACUACCGACUCUGUAGAGGAUGAUUUUCGACUUCGAGGCCGUGGUCGUAGAACAUGACCGUGAUGCCUCUCUGGAUGGAUUUCGCUAGGAAAGAUCUAAUACCAGAGCCGGUGAUGACGCUGGAAAAAGUUUACCUCAUAGUUUUCGGUGGAAUCAUGUUUCUCAUAGAAGUGAACCAUGGUACAACAAUAACAAAAGACCUUUUCUAUAGCCCUUUCUUUGUCUCAAGUGAGUAGUUAGUCAUAAAGAUCCUGGUGAUGGAAGACAAAUACAAUUUGAAUUUUCUAAACACUAUAAAUCCAUAUGGUGCAUGUUGAUAAAGACAUUAUAUAUAAAUAGUUUUUCCCACAGUAUUAAUCGAGCUUCUUCUUCAGAAGAUAACGAGCUAUUCAAGAUAAAGUUCCGAAUGCGACUAGGUUGCAUUUGUGUAUGUAUCAGCAUCUCCAUCGCCACCACAACCAGGAGGAAACGACACGAUUUCUGAGGCGAAGCGGGUAUUGUUUAUGGCAGCAAAGCUGUUGGACAGGCUGAUGGGAAAGUUAAGGGGUGUUUUCCAUCAUUCCGUAAUUAGGAUCUGACCAGAAUCAAUAUCAAAUCGUCCUCCCUUGCAUCAUCUGCAAAUCAUACAGAACGGGAAGGGGCCGCCAAGGGCGGUUCUUCACUUUUUUGGACAUGAUUCACAGAAUGAAAAUGGUCAAGCGCUAACUCAGGGAUUUUUUGUCAUCUUUGUAGGGUGCAACUGCUUCAAUAUGGUAAAUCCAUACACCCAAAGCGCUCUUCUGCAGACGCUCGUUUACGCUUCAGCGUUCUUCGUGUGCGGAGUCGGCGGGGUUCAUCUCGCAGCAGGUGCCCACAUUGAUAUAUUACUUAGAAGUCCAAGUGGAAGUAGAUUCAUUUCAUGAAAGUUUGGUCAUACGUGCUUCAUCUACAGUUGCAGAGCACGAACUUCACCACGUCGUUUUCUAAAUCGAUAAUUUUCGUCUCCUGAAUAGGUGGCCAGCGCGCAUUGGCGCUGAAUAGUAUUAGGAGAAAACUCCAAGUGUGGGAACACCAAGGAAAGAGGAUUAUGCCAGAGACAGAAGACCCUUUGAAGACCGGACAAUUGCUUCACCGACUAACACAGCGGGAGUCCCUGGAUCGAUUCCUAGACCAGUUUUUAUGGAACCAUUGUUUUCUGCCAGAACAGCUUGCAAAAACUCUCUCCUCGUAAUACAGUUGAAAAUAUAGAAAACAAGAAACUACGACGUACUUCUUCGUCUGCUCUUCAAAAAUUCGAAUGAGUCUCCUCUAAUAAGCGCGAUUAUGUAUCGAGAUCAGCAAGCUUUGACGAAGGAAGAGUUUCAAGACCUCUGCCGCAUGGUGAAGAAGGAGCCUCGAUUCGGGUAACGACUUUUGCCUUUGAAGAUUUGACAUAUUGCUUGACGCGAUUCAUUUCAACCUGUAUGUAAAAGUAAGUAUUGAAUUGAGGCAGUUCUCAGGUACAACGAUUGGGACAUGGAGAUGAUAUUUGAGACCUUAUCACGCGAAGCGCCGAGCCUCGAACAGCAAGCGGCUACGGUAGUCGGCCGACUCCCGAAAGAGUAUCUUGGGUAUGAGGAUAUAUACGAAUGGCUUUGCCCGGGAAUGCCAGUACUGCUCUAAGGAGGGCUCAGUCUCAGCAUACAAUUUUCCAGAAAAUCGAGUUGUCUCAACAGUAAAAGCUUCAACUUAUAUGAGAAUAGGUCGGGCCAUUGUUGGGAAACGUGUUCACGCGGGUGGAGGGCCGUUGCAUACUCAUAAGAUACUUAUGUAUGAUGUAUAUGGACCGACACAACUACAGGAUCAUCCAUGAAGAUCAUGGAAAUCAAAAUGACAUCUGACUAAUAUCGCGUAUAAGGAUACGAGAGAUUGAGAUUCAAUUAUUGGAACCGUUGACUUGUUUAUCCAAUUGUUAACAACUGUGUACCCGCUCUAGAUACUGAGGUACAGCAUGCUUUCAUCCCAUUUUGCUUGUCGGAAUGUCCAUUUCGAGAUUAAACUUUUAACGAAUGCUCCUGUUAAUGCUUGCAGAUGAAAUGGAAGCACGUCGUGAUCGUCGGGCACUCCAUGGAAUCUGGAAUCAGGAUUUUCUAGAGGCUCUUUCGGGAACUGCUAUUUUUCAUUGAAUGGAGUCAUUUCAUCCGUGGGGGCACUGAUUUUUGUGGUAUCUGUAUUUUCUACUGCUCCUGGUCUGCAGCGAGACAGACCUAAGGUGACACAUAGGUACAACAACUAGGAGAAAAAAGCGGAUAGCGUCUGGAAAUCUCUCACUAGAGACUCAAGAAAUGCUCAUGUAGGUG